UCAGAUGCAUACGACGUUGUGGUGAUUUCUGGCGGAAUGGGUGAUGGACACGUUCCUGUGAGUGGCAUCGAUGACAUGAUCCGCUUUGCUAAGCCAGGAGGUCUGGUGAUAAUUGUGAUGAGCUGGAGUUCGUCUCGACGGCAGAGGUGUUUAAAGACAAACUGGAGCCUUAUAUGGACCAUUUAGAGCAAGAGGGAAAGUGGCGCAAGGAAGCGAGGAAGGUGGUGCCAAAUUACUUUCUUGACAAGGAUGGAGUGGUGUUUACGUAUCGUGUUCAGUAAGGAACCAGUGUCGGAACACAACAGAUUCACCCAGAGGUUGAUCCAAUAGCAAAGCAGCUCGAUUUGUUCUGUUACCUGGAAAUAUAAACACAAAAGCAGUAUAAUGUGAUUCUUUAUUGACAACGUUUUGCCCCCACAGUGGGCUUUAACAAGACAAAAACAGAUAAAGGUUCACUUUAUACUGUUUUUGUGUUUAUAUUUCCAUUGUGUCGGAAUUUUAUACCAUAUAUUUCCAGCUCCGUUACCUGCAGCAACAAACAUUGUUCUUGAUUCCUUCAAACUGUGUUUGAUUACUAUGAUAAAUGAAUACAUAUUACGCUAGUUUAUCCUAAAUAGAAGCUUUGACGUGAUGCUUAAUCCUCUUAGAAGAAAUAAAGAAAUGGAAAAUCUGAAAAUUAUCGAUUCAAAGCAUUAGCAACAAUGUUGUUCACAAAAAUAUAUUGUGUAAAAAAUUAAGAAAAUAUGUAUUUAGAAUUAAGAAUGUGUAUUUUCAAUUUUAUUUAAAAAUUAUCUUGAUAAAGAAAUAUUAAAUCUAAAUCUAGAUGAAUUCUCAUAUUUAUAUAUGUCAGUUUCCAGACUGUGUUUAUAUUUCUUAGAUGUAUCUGAUGAGGUAAACUGCUAAAAAUUAUUUACAAAGCAAUCUACUUUGACGAUGUCUUAAUAUUUUAAUUAAGAUAAAAAUAGUCCAUGUUACGCUGUAAGGUAGAUUUCUUGAAACAUUACAUAUGUCAUUGACGUAAAUAUUCACUAUUCUUUUAUAAAAUUGAUCUCAUUAAUUAUUUUUGCAAAAGAAGAAAUUGUUGGCAGUUACCAACAAUUUCUUCUGCUAAGUCAAUUGAAAGAUUUCUCAAACUUCUAACCCACAUCAGUUAUGUGCAAACCAUCAUCAACAAUAACGAAGAUGUAUCACGACACUUCACACUCUCAGUAACUCGGACAAUAAAAGAUCGUUUUAAUGACUAAGCCGAGUGAGUCUGACCCGACAGGCCAAGUGAAAAUUUGAUUUUUCCAUAAAUUAGCGGAAGUCCAUGUGUAUUGUACUCCCCGGGAUAACCCCACUCAGCAACCAGCGCCUCCCCCACCCAAUUCAAAGGGGAAGUUUUCCCCUCCUAGCCCCUCACCAGCCCCACAAACUCCACCAGGCUACCACGGUCAAGUUCACUACCUUCCACGCACCAUACCCACCCAGCAUGUCAUACUCCACUCCUACUGUCUAGUGUAGCAGAUGGAUGCCAACCAGGAGGAAGCAAGCAGCCAGGGAAAUGGCACGGCUGGCAAUACUAGGAGAGGCAAGUGUCGGUCAUGCUUACAGCUUCGUUGUCUCAACUCUAAUGGUUUCCUCUGCAAACACAGUAGUUGCCCUGGUUCAGGAUGUCCUCCUGUGGAAAGUGAUGAUCCAGAGCCACCUCAGGCACCUGAACCCACUCCAACAGAUCUCAUCUCAUCAGACAACAUCUUGGAAGCAAUUAAAGCAACAGGUACCAGGACACUCACACAUAUUCCCAAAGCACCCUGUCCACACGCAGCUGGGAAACUUACAGACAUCCUGAAAAAAGUAAACGAUGGUUCCACUAUCUUAAUGCUCCACCAACCACCAAGGCAUGGCACAACUUGCGACUUUUUGGCAAUGUCUGCUUAGCUGUGCCGGAAAGAAGAGGAAAGAGGCUAGCCUCAAUAAUAAUUAAAUCCUUAAGAAAUUUCCCUAGAGCUGAUAACCUCAUUCGCCUUCCCCGUCAACACAAAAAAGGGAGAGGCAGAACCCCCACUCACCCCACUGACAGUGAAAAAAGCAGAGUUCAGGUGAGCAAGAAAAUUGAAGAGGGCAACACAGUGGGGGUAAUCAGAAUUAUUACCAGUGAAGAUACAGUUGCUCCCAGGGAUGCUGACACGGCUGAAGAAGCACUUAGAGGAAAGCACCCUGCCAGGGAAACCAGUGGCACCAACAGUUCCAACUCCUCUGUCCCCACUGUGGAACCAUUGAUUGUGGAAGAUUCAGACAUUUACAAAGCAAUAAUGUCGUUCCCAUCUGGCUCUGUUGGGGGUUACACUGGAAUAAGGCCACAGCAUUUAAAGGAAAUGGUUAAUACAGUUAUUGGGGAAAUUGCAGAGACACUGCUUUCAGAGAUCGCAAGGUUCGUCAACAAUUCCUUGGCUGGUCUGAUUCCUGAUGAAAUUAGACCUUUCGUUUUUAGUCAACACUUUGUGCACUUAAAAGGAAGGAUGGAAGAAAUUCGGCCAAUUGCAGUAGGCAACACGUUACGCCGCCUCGUAUCCAAAGCUGCUGUCCGAAGUAUUCGUGCACAGGCAGCCAUGAUGCCUCAACUAAACCAGCUUGGCUUUGGGGUCUCUCAAGGAAGUGAAGCAGCGGUUCAUGCAACAAGUGCGUAUAUCAACAACCUGCCUGAGGACAAUACAGUGGUAAAAUUAGAUUUCAAGAAUGCAUUCAAUCUCCUGAAAAGAGACGUGGUAUUAGCAGCAGUACAAGAACAUUUCCCUGGUCUCUUCCCAUUUGUUUCAGCUGGUUAUAGCAAGGAAUCAAUGCUUCUCUUUGGAGAGCAUGAAAUCACAUCAACGGAGGGUGUCCAACAAGGAGAUCCUCUUGCCCCAUUUUUCUUCUGUAUACCAGUUAGGGAAAUCACAGUCAGACUGAUCAGCGAGCUAAACAUCUGGUUCCUAGAUGAUGGCACACUAGUAGAUACAAAGGAGUCCCUCCUACAUGAUCUUACACAGGUAAUGACACGGGGACAGAAAAUGGGUCUCAUUCUGAAUCCAUAUAAAUGUGAAAUCAUCUCAGUCAGUCAACAAGUGAUAAAUGCAGUGAGAUCAAAACUACCAGGAGCAGCAGUCAUUGCCCCAAAAAACAGGGUCUUGCUAGGAGCACCUCUGGAAGCAAUGCCAUUGACACAAUUCUCAGGAAGAAAUUGGAAGAGUUAAGGAGAAUGGAACAACAAAUAGGCAUUCUGGACACCCACGAUGCCUUAUACCUUCUCACAAAGUGCUUGAGUCUGCCCAGGUUGACAUAUUUCCUAAGAUGUGCACCUUCAUAUGAUAACCCUAUAUUGCACGAAUAUGACAGUAUCCUGAGGUAGAUUUUUACGAAAGUACUUAACCUUACUCUAGAAGACGGGCAGUGGAACCAAGCUACACUUCCAGUCAGACUAGGAGGCAUUGGUGUUCGCAAGUCAUCACAGAUUGCGCUCCCUGCUUUUUUGUCCUCAUAUAUUGCAUCCAGAGGGCUUGUAGCAGCGAUUCACCCUGAACAUAUUAGGGACAAGAUUGGAGUCCAGGACCAAAAGUUCAUUGACGGAGCCAUGAUCUGGGAUAAUCUAACGGGCUCUGAAACCACACCUGCUCCCCCCAACAACUACAAACAAUCGCACUGGGAUGGUACAAUAGUGGAAAAUAUAGCCUCAACAAUGCUUCAGAGUGUGUCAGGGAAGGAUAGAGCCCGCCUCCUGGCAGUGAGAGCCCCUCAUGCAGGGGACUUUCUGUUGGCUGUUUCCAACUCCACCCUUGGCACACGCCUCGACCCACAGACCAUCCGCAUCGGUGUUGCCCUUUGACUUGCCGCCCCUAUUCUCGCCGAACACAGGUGUAUUUAUGGCAGUGAAGUAGCAGACCGAUUCGGGUACCAUUGUUUUGUGUGCCGUAAAUCCGAGGGAAAGAUUGCAAGACAUGAGGAGGUUAAUAACAUUAUCAAGAGGAGUGUCGCAACAGCCAGAUGCCACCCCUGCUAUGCAGAUCUAAUGGCAGCCAGAAGCGUCCAGAUGGUAUCACCUUUCAAGCCUGGAUAGACGGGAAGCAGGUGCAUCUACCUCGGCUGAUACUUAUCUCCAAUACACCAGGGAGGAAGGAGGGGCAGCUGCCAGCUUAUGGGGUUCCCAAAAGUCUAAAAAAUAUGGAGAACUUGCCCAUCAUUAUAUGUUUGUUCGCAUAGGCUCAGAGACCCUUGGCUCAUGGGGAAAGAAUGCAUCUGAAUUCCUUAAGGAGCUGGGAAAAAGACUCAUCAGGGUAACUAGGGAUCCCAGGGCAGCUAGUUUUCUAUUCCGGCAGCUCAGUGCGGCUGUUCAAAGGGGUAAUGCCUGCUGUAUUUUGGGUACACUCAAGAGCUCUGAGGAGCUGGAUGAGAUUUUCGCCUUAUAAUCGGUGACACGCACGUAACAUGUACUGUAUAUGCCACCUUUACAUUAACAAUGUAUCUCUUAAAUCUUCUGUACCAUAUUAUGCAAUAAAAUAUUCCUAUUGGUAAAAAAAAAUUAAAAGAUGGGGUGGUAGGGGAAGUGGAAUAUUCAAACUGCUUCAUGAAGAAAUCCAAAUAUUCUUCCUUGAAGCCUUUUUAUCCACUUCUCCGAGGC